AAUCCCCACGCCCCCCCUUGUCCUCUCUCUCUCUCUCUCUCUCUAACUCGCGCUAUCGCUAUCGCUUCUCGCUGAUAUUUUCGGUGGUGCGUCGUUCGCAAAAGCAACGAACCCUAGAGAGGGAAUCGACAGCCCGAAGCUUCUGGAUAAUGCUGGUGGCCCGCAUUGCCCGAGACCAUCGAGGCGGACGCAGGGAUCUCGUGUUCUCCCCUCGUCGCGAGCAUGCGGACGAUUAGAUACGGAAAUCGGGAUCGCUGCUGAAAGUCCCCCCACCCGGUCGAUCCGAUACGUCAUUCUCCCCUCCUCCUCAUCCUCCUCCGGUUCGUUCGAUCCUUAGCAUGUGCGAUUUGGUGGCGCGCACGGGUCGGCAUCAGCAACGGUACGAGGCCGGUUGUCGCCUUGUCGCCGGGUGUAUUCCUUAUAGAUAUAGAAAAUCCAUAGACUGUACGAGUGACACCGAUGAAAAGAUUGUUGAGGUGCUCAUGAUCAAUUCAACUAGCGGAUCGGGUCUUCUGUUUCCAAAGGGAGGCUGGGAGAACGAUGAAACUGUAGAGGCAGCUGCUGUGAGGGAAGCAAUUGAAGAAGCUGGUGUGAAAGGAGAUUUGAAGGAUCUUUUAGGGCAUUAUGACUUCAAGAGUAAAACUCACCAAGACGAGUUUUGUCCUGAAGGUUUAUGUAAGGCAGCAAUGUUUGCAUUGUUUGUAAGGGAGGAGCUUGAAUCAUGGCCAGAGCAAAGUAUCCGACAGAGGAGCUGGCUGACUAUUCCCGAAGCUGUUGAGAGUUGUCGGUAUCCAUGGAUGAGAGAUGCACUUGUGGAUGGCUUCCUGAAGUGGCAUGCUGUGAACAGUGAGGAAGCUUUUGAUUGAACCUUUGACUUCUUAACUUACAAAAGUAGAGGCGCAUAAAAAUCGGCUUCUAACCCGGUGAAUCUGUUUGAAUUCCUUGGGCAAAUCUUUUUGUCGCUGCUGCUGCUGCUUUAGAAGGUCUCUCUAUUUUUAGGUCUAAUCCAUCCCAUAGGUCUCUUCAUGCUGAUGUCUGAUUACCUUUAUUCAGAGUCCAUUUAAAUAUCAUAUUGAUGAUCAGGUUGCUCAAUCCAUUUAGAGGUCAUUGCAGUAUAGCCACCCAAGUGCAGUUCACUCUUAUCUUCGAUUUUCUUUUGGCUUAGCAUCAUUUUUUCAGUUGGUGAAAGCUUCAGAGUGAGAAGCUUCGUCAAUUAGAUUUUCCGAUGUACUCUAAUUUUGUGGACUGUGGGAGUCAACAACUCUAUACAAUUAAUAUAACUACUGAGGGGAGAUC